AUGAAAACUUAUCUAUCUCCAAGUCAAGCCUCUUACAAAAAAACUUGCAAAUUACGCCAAUACUCCAAGCUGAAAGGUCAGUUUAUCCGAUGUCAGCGAUUCCCUCCAAAGGCGCCUCACAAUACAACUCAAUAUCUAAUUGCGAAACCUUCUUGUGCUUCCUGAGAUCCUGAAGAAAUCCUCGGUACAAUGAUUGAUUCUAAUAAACUGCUUAUAAAUAACGUUUUAGCUUAA